AUAACGUUGCUCUCACGAGACAAAUGUCUCGUGAGACGGACUGUCCCUUGGGAGCUUCUCUUUCUUUGCAACACUUAAGUUAAAUGUUUUCCAUGCUGCUCCCUCAUGUCUGAAGUACUUUUAAUAGAUACUGAAAGCAAACAGGAAUUCUACGAGUACGACGCAUCUGGCCUCAAGCCUGAAUCUUUCGAUUGCUCAUCGGAGCCUAUUUCCAAUGAUUUGUCGGAGACCGGUGGGGAAAAUGCCUGCCCUAGUCUUAUCUGUCGUGAUCCCUAUGGCGACCUCUUUCUCAUGGACCCCAACGAUCUUUUGGGCGUCAGGGAAGAAAUUAUUGGACAUGAGGAGGAUGUUCGAGAAGAUUUCGACUUAACUAAUCUCACAUCCAAUCAAAUGGACGAUGUCAACAGUGGAUCAGCUUAUUCGAACACUGGGCGCCGGAAACCUCAUGUGAAACACGUAGCAAAACGCGAGCUAGAUCACCCGGCUCAAACUGAUCUCUGUGAAUCUCCCCCCACCAUUCGUAUUAAGCUCAAUAAGGAUCCUAGAAACCUCUCGUAUUCAAUUGCGAUGGGUAGAACUGCAUUUCGAUGCAAGGCGGAAGAAUGUGAAGUAGAUCGAUUCGUUAACUGGACCGAUGAGCCGCACAGUGCAAUGGACUGGCGAUCUUAUCACCGGUUUAAGCAGUCUGCGCCUUUUGUUGCAUCACAGGACCCCGGCCAACUCUUAACUGGACGUGUUGGCACAUUCCAACACAGGUCUGUACUGAGGACAAAACGUCUUCCAAGGCCGAUAACUGACACGUCUCGUUGUAACCAAAUGAACAAAGUUCAGAACACGAGCAGUUUGCCAAAUGUACGAAGUGGAACCCAUUCUGGACAGACCACAGCCCCCUACUUUGUCGACGAAUCCGGCACUGAUGCGCAGCAAAGCCCCAGAGAUUCCCACAGGCUGCCUAAAUUGGCACCCGCUAUCCCCAGCACUGGCGUAAUGAUCUCUCCCUCUGAUCUCAGCUCGAUGAGCAUGUUUACCUCGUCCGAAGCGCCACGCUUCGAGCGCGCGGUCCCCUGUCCCCACAAGGGUUGUGGAAAAUCUUUUCGUGAUAAUUCAGCCAUGCGGAAGCAUCUCCACACGCAUGGACCUCGGGUUCACGUCUGUACGGAAUGUGGUAAAGCUUUCGUUGAAUCGAGUAAACUCAAGCGACAUCAAUUGGUUCACACGGGAGAGAAACCUUUCCAAUGCAAUUUUGAGGGUUGUGGCAAGAGGUUUUCCCUCGACUUCAAUCUUCGUACCCACGAACGCAUUCACACUGGAGAUCGGCCAUACAUUUGUCCAUUCGAGAACUGUCACAAACGAUUUGCGCAGUCGACCAACUUGAAAUCCCACAUCAUGACACACGCCAAAGUUCGGUACCGGUCUCACGCCUCCUCCGAGAGUUCUCGCAACCCAGAGUACCUAUCGGAGAUGGAUGAAAUACAACUACCGCAGUCGUUAUGCUCAGAUACCGCCAUUUCCGCAGGUCCCGGAUCCCCGGACAAUACGGAAGACUCCUUCAGUGCACUUUCUGCAAAUCCCACCUCUUCUUACUCUAGGGUGUCGAAUACACCACCCGCUUCUGUUCAGGGGGAAUUGGGAUCGCCUAGUCGUCUUCGUCUAACUGCUGAUAGUGGUCUUUCACUGGAACGCUCUCAAACUACGAUUAAUCAUCGGAAGUUUCCAACACAUUCCAUCUUGGGACCUUCUAGAUCACCACGCGCGAAAUGCAUUAAGACGACACAUCCCCAUACAGGUAGCCCUUAUCUAUCUUCCAUGAACUGUGUAGAUCCCGCAAUGGUAAUAAACCAUCGUUUUGUCAAAUAUUCGUCCGACAUUCAUCCAAUGAGUCAAAACAUCUUCAUUGGCUCUACCCAACCUUCUCGUAUCUGUUCUCUAGAGGACGAACGCUCUUCCAUGCUGACUCAGUUAUGUGUACCUGAAUCGUUUGUGUUAUGCAACCAAGCGUCUCCCAUGAUUAUUCGGGGUCAGCGUCGAAGAGUCAUACCAAUUACUGGGCAGGUUCUUGCCAAUUGUGCAGUGUGUACUCGGAAACCCGUCCCGGUUUUCCAUCUCUCUUCCCCUCGCACCAUGCUUCCCGUGAAUAGACUGCGUCAACAAACAUAGUCGUCUGCUCACGCAAAGGACAUUUUGUGAUACUAGGAGUUCUUGUGUUCUAAUUUGGGAUUCACAUUACUAAUGCCUCUUGUUCGAAUUCGUCCGUGGCAACUAUUUGCAACUCAAUCAUUGUUGGUCAUUUUUGCUUGCCUGGUAGUGCAGCACAGACAGGCGACCUAAGUAUUUGUCUCUUUACCAGCUUUCCUCCCUAUCUCACCGCAACACAAGGUGUCCAGUCUUCUUUCUACUUCCUCCCUUUUUUGAACUCCAUUUGGAGAAAUCUUUGUACAUAGUUUGUACUCAGCUUCCUACAGGAAUUUUCAUUUUUACCGAUGUUUCAUCUCGGUAGCACAAAUGCAUCUUACACCGGCAAACAUCAUUGCAUGGCUUCAUGUGUUUGCAUCCCCCUGUGUACAGUUUGGUUAACGUUCUCAUCCUCAUUUUAUAGUUCCACUAAUCAUUGCCUCCUGUUAAUUUUUACCUACCGUGUUUUCGAACUGCGAAACCCACUGUUCACCAAAUUUUGAGAAUAAUAGCUUUGUAUUACUCGUCUGUCGAGCCAUGCGUUGCCCACAUUUCGAUCCUCCAGGUGGAAAUUCCAGCUCGAUCUCGAGAUUUUUACUUAGGCCGCAUUAAUCUGUACAACAACGAUCGGAAUCAAUACUUUUGAACUUUUC